GACUUGCACACAUCCACCAGUAUUUUCUCAGCCACAGGAUGGUCUCCGCCAGGCGGCCGACCCCACAGCAAGGGGAAGCCUGAAGGUCAGAGGCUGGAGGUCAGAGGAAGGCGUGGCCUCGGUGUUUGCCACUACAACCUCCUGCACCCACUGUGUCGGGACGGCGCGCUCGCUCUCACACCGGCCACGCUCUCUCUCCUCUCUCCACUCUACUCUCCACUCUAGUGCCUUCCACUCACCCAGUCAGCAUGGACAGCAAUACCUGGCUGCUAGCUGUCGGGACACUUUUCGUCGCCUACACAGGUGCUGUCAGUGCUGCUUCCUGGUCAUAUUCAGGAGAUAAAGGUCCACAGUACUGGCACGAACUGUUCCCACAAGCAUGUUCUGGAAAAUACCAGUCACCUAUUGACAUCCGUCCUGAGGAGACUAUUUACAACCCUGAACUUCGAGACUUUGCAAUCUGGUUUGAUCCCCCCAAACCCGACUCCAGGAUGACAGUCCUUAACAAUGGGCACACAGUGCAAGUGGUCACUAGCGGAGAAUUCUAUGUUGCAAAUGGUGGGCUUCCUUAUUUGUACAAGACAGUACAAUUCCACUUCCACUGGGGACACGAGAAACACCACGGCUCUGAGCACUUCAUUGAUGGAAAAGCCUACCCUCUGGAGCUGCAUAUUGUGAACUACAACACAGAUUUGUAUGAAGAUAUUGCCCAUGCUGUGAGCGAAAAACAAGGCUUAGCUGUUCUGGGUGUUUUAUUUGAGAUCACGGAGGAUGACAAUCCCAUUCUGCAGCCUCUUGUCGAUGUUAUGGAACAGAUUCAUGAUCCAGAUAAUGAGAUGCAAGUAGAGUUCAAGCCCAUCAGUCUUCGCAGCCUUCUACCAAAGGACAUCUCUCGCUACUUCCGUUACAAUGUCCUUACAACACCUGGGUGUUUCGAAAGUGUCAUCUGGACUGUAUUUGAACAGCCACAGACCAUAUCACACAAACAGAUGAAGGCAUUCCGUGAGAUGCUUCAAAACAGUCCCAGCCAUGGGCAUCACAAACGUUCAGUUUCUAAUGGCAGAAUUCUCACCCGUUCACAGCGGCAACGCGAGCAAAAAGCAUUGGCAGUGCUGGAUGAGCUAGGCAUAGCAAGCGAUUCCAAGCUGCAAGAACGGUUCCGUCGUGAACUGACUGAAAAGAAAAUACUUGCAGAGAUCACCAUCGAUGAAGAGAAUGCCAAGAACAUUCAUCACAAAACCAUGGACCAUGUGCAUGAUGCUCAAGCAGAUGCAGAUGAUGAUGAUGAUGCUGAUCAUGAUGAUGAAAAUAAUGCUGGCGAGGAAAAGGAAGGUGAACUGGAGGGUGGUCAUCACAAGGAGAAAAGUGAACUGGAGACGGAGUUUAUACGUGAACAACUCGUGAACAACUUCCGACCAGUUCAGCCACUUAAUGACCGAAUUGUGCAGCGCAGUUUCAUGCUUCGUACAUCACAGCAGUCAGAUGAGGACAAUAUGAAUGAAGAACUCCACGCCAGGUUGAAAUUUUAUGAGUCAACAAGGGGAGGUGCUUCUAGCAGCGUUAUUAAAAGUCACCUCGUUCUCCUAGCUUGCCUGUUCUUCUUCUUGAUCUGAUCACACAUGACCAUGGAUCUAGGCACUAGAAACCAGGAUUCGCUAGUUACUGACAGUCCCACAGACUAACAUUUCAAAUGAUAUUACUUCACUAUUGGGUAUUACUGAAAUGAAAGAAUAAGAGCUGGAGAUCUGAGUGAAAAUGGACAGCCAAGACAAAAUGGAUGUUACGUCUUAUGGUCAAGGAACUUCAACAAGAUUCAGCUCAGCUUUGAAAGAAGCAACAACAGAUAUAUAUAUUAUAUAGAAAUGUGCCCAUGGAGUUGUGAAAACAACAUCAAUAAUAAUAAUUCAUUCUCAUUCAUGGCUCUCUACUUCAAUUGAAAGUCUAAGCAGGAGACACCACCAUAUAAACAGUAAGGUAAAGAUGAAAAUCUCAAAAUACACUUAAAUACAAGCCAUGCAAAGAAAAUAAAGGAGGGAACGUGUCCACUGAUUAUGUAAAGUGUGGAAUGAUAGGCAUCAAAAGUUUGCCUUUUAUGAUUCCACUAACCCAGUUAAUGGCUGUUGACAUUUAAUGAUACAAGUGUGAGAUGUCUGACCAGGCUAUUAUUUUGUCUACACUAUUCUGCAAAAUUUUUAAGGCAAAUAAAUGCAGAUCUUUCCAACCGAUCAAUACUUUGCACUACUAUUUGUGAUACAAUGUAAUCAGAUAUAAAAAGAUAUUAAAUGUAACUGUAAAUUGCCUCAAGAUUUAUGCCAUCUUGUAUAUUACAAAUGUUCCUGAUAAUUAUUGCGUAGAUUUAGAAAUGUCUAAUCAAGAAUGAACAAAAGGAAGAAAGAUGGCAAUGUAUCACAGUAACUUGCAUAUAUAUAUAUUCUUAAUACUUCCAUUUACAUGGAUUUAUUAUUCAGCAUCUUGUUCAUGAAAACUCAAAGAGUAUAAUCUUUGGGAGCAGCAAUAACCUGUAAAUGUUCUCAGUGACUUAGAAAAACUGAAAAACAUUAUGUUCACCAAUAUGAUUGAUUAUUGAAACAAAGACAGCAAAGUUUCAGAACACAUGACCGCACAAAACGUGCAUGCACACACACACACACACACAAAAUACACACAUAUUUCAGACCAUUCUUGAAAUUUGAUGAUUUUAGGAUGAGAUGAUAAAACUACUAGUAAUAAUGUCAAGAGUAUUAAGAUGAUUUAUUUGCUAUAAUUCUCUCCUUCCAUGCAGUUUUAAACUCGGUCCACAAAGAAAGACUUGUAUUCAUGUUAUAAAUAAAUCCAUAAAUACCUUGUUCUAAUCUUCUUUCAUUUUUAACUUUAAAAUUUUUAACUAUUAGUCUUUAAAUCAGGCAAACGUUUUGUGGCAUGGACAUGAGGUAGACUACAUGCACCCAAAAUAAUAUAAGCAUGACACUGCAAAGACUGUGAAAAUUCAAUGCUGGCCUUAUUACAGAGAUGCCUAAUGAUAAUUUGGUUGCUGUGAAUCUUUACCAUAUUUGUGAAAUUUUGUUUCCUGCUGAACACAUUGGAUAAUCAGUUGUUUAUUAUAUUGUUGCUAACAUUUUAGUUUGUAAGAUAUGAGUGGUGAUAAUGAAUUUCACACAUCACAUUGCGGUAUGGUUGUAGUUAAUAACUUGUUACAGCCCUGUGUUGUGGUAAAUGACAUAUCUACUCUGUACAAAUGUUUACCACAAAAUUGUUAUUUAUUGUCUUGUGUAAUCAAUGGAUGUAAAAUGUAUUGACUGAC